AUGCCUCGAGUUGCUCAAGCACCGCGCGCAAGCAAUGGACGAGUGGUCUCUGGGUCGCACACUGCAUCGCCCUUUAAGUCCCCAGUCAAAAUACCACUCAACGAUGAUGCACAAGAGAAGGCGAAGCGCAUGCAAUCGCGCCAUGCGCUUCAUGAUAUUCAAAUGAAUCAGAUCAAGGCCGCGGCCUCACCAAUGCGAAAACUUUCGAAGAAUUACGAACGAGCGGGCAGUGCUUCUCCAUCUUCCAACCCCAAAACACCACGAAGGACGGUUGGUAAAGAGAAUGACCUCGAUGAUGAUGUUAUCACGGUUGGCGGAACAGCAGUCACCCCAAUGAAGCGCGUACCUAUCCUGGCAAAUUUUGAGGAGUGGAUGAAGAUGGCAACGGACAACAAAAUCAAUGCCGCAAACUCCUGGAAUUUCGCGCUCAUCGACUACUUCCAUGAUAUGUCACUGCUCAAAGAAGGAGACGGAGUCAACUUUCAGAAAGCCAGUUGUACUUUGGAUGGCUGUGUGAAGAUUUACACCAGUAGGGUAGACAGCGUUGCGACUGAGACGGGAAAGCUGUUGAGUGGACUCGCAGAUAGUGGUAACAGCAAGAAGAAACGUGGAGAGAAUGAGGAGGGCGAGGAAAGUGAGGAAGAAGUGGAGGAUGAAGACGGAGUCGUGCGCAAAAAGCCGAAGAAGAGGGUACGUCAGAAACAUUUCAUUUUUCAUAUUACAAGUAUACGGAGUUAUUUGCAGCUACAAAAAUUUGUGAAGAAAAACACAACUAGAUUGCAUUGCUAG